AUGCCGACGGAGCCCUCUGUACCGCCGGCUCCGACACCCUCGACAACAGUCGCUGAAAAGACUCUUCCCCACGCACCCGCGGAUCCCCUUGCCGUGUCGGGGGCUGGCCCGUCUGUUCCCGCGGCUGCUCCGUCCACUCCGCCGGCUGCUCCUGUUCCCCUGGCCCUCUUUGUCGAGCCGUUGGUGCCUGCUCCUGCUGGGGGUGUUGCUGAUCCCCCAGUUCUUGUCCCUUGCGCGCCCGUUGCACCGCCUGCUUCCGUCCCCGACGCGCCUGUACCGGCUUCUGUUUCGUCGACAAAAGCGGCGUCCGCCACCACUGGCGGCCCGGCUCCGUCGGUUGCGCCCUCAGUGGCGGGGCAAUCCGCGCCUGCUGUGGCGCCGGUGGCCCCGGCAGGUCAGCCGUUACGUCUCCCGUCGCCUGACCGCCGACCGUCUCGCCCUCAUUCCCCCUCGCCCCACCAGGAUCGCAAGUCGUCUCGUCGCCGUCGUGAUUCUCCGCGGCGAUACCAGCAUCAGCCUCACUGGCCUGCUCGCCCCGGUGGUCAGGGGGACUGGAGGGGUCCCCGCGGGCGCGGUGGUGGUGGGGGGUACCGCCCGCCGGUGACGAUGGCAGAUCUUCAGCGGGAAGUGUCGAGGGCGGUACGUAAGGAGAGGGUGUCGCAGAGCCAGAGCAGUUCGAUGCGCGCCUUGCCGGCCCAAGAGGCUCCACGCCAGCCUGUGCUCCCGUCGAGUCCACCGCCUGUUGCUGCACCCCCUCCUCAGGUUCACAUCCCAACGGCUCCUGCUCCUGCUGCGUCCGCGCCCGCCUCUGGAGCGCGUCUUCGCUUGCCGCCGGUUCCGCCUGUUGCGGGGGUGGAAUUUGCGGCCGCUGGUGGCGGCGCGUUUGCGACGCAGUAUUCGCAUCCCGCUGAUGAGGAUCAGCCGCUCCUGUUCCUAGCGGAGGCGCUUCAGCCUCCGCAGACUCGUGUUCUGGAGGCAACACUUGGCCAACUCCAUCGCUCGCUGAGAGGUGACACCUGCCUGGACGCGGCAGACCAGCUCACGGUGCUCCUGGCGCCCGUGCUGGCUGCGCCCGCGGAGGGAGGCGCUGCUGCUGCGGGACAGCUUGACGAGGCUGUCCGGGGCCUGAGGCGGCAGUUGCGCGCUGGAUCCGGUCGCAACGGCAUACAAGCGAUCGGCGCAAGCACGCUUGUGGUCCGGGAGCUGUGGCGCUCCCUGACGGGCGUUCUUCACGCCCUUGGAGCGCACCGCAUGUAG